AUGGCGAGCAGCAGCCCAGAACUCCCCGUGACCGAAGCACGGGCCUCCAUUGUGCGCAUGAUUCGCAAGAACCAAGCCGUGAUUGUCGUUGGCGAGACCGGAUCGGGCAAGACGACGCAGAUUCCGCAGUACGUUUGGGACGAUAUCCUGAGUAAGCGUCCUGGUGCUGGCAUCGUAGGGUGCACGCAGCCGCGCCGUGUCGCGGCCGUCAGCAUCGCACGGCACGUCGCCCGGCAACGCGGCGGGAACGUCGGCGGCGAAGUGGCCUACGCUGUUCGCUUCGAUGACACAUGCACCAACGCCACACGCAUCAAAUUUCUCACGGACGGUAUUCUGCUGCGUGAGAUUCAGGCUGACCCUGUGCUGUCCAAGUAUGGCUGCAUCAUCCUCGACGAGGCCCAUGAGCGCACGUUGCACGGAGACGUGCUCUUUGGCCUGCUGAAGUCGAUCGCACGUCAGCGCGACGACUCGCUGAAGAUUGUGGUCAUGUCCGCUACGCUGAACGCGGAGCACUUUUCGAAGUUUUGGUGGGAUGCCCCAAUUGGCGUCGUGCACGGCCGUAUGUUUCCGGUGACCAUCAUGCACACGGUGGAGCCGCAGGCGGACUAUGUCGAGGCAGCCAUUAGCACCAUCCUGCUGAUCCACCAGACGGAGCCGGCCGGCGAUGUUCUGUGUUUCCUGACGGGUCAGGAAGAAGUCGAGGACGCGAAGCGCAUCUUGCUGGAGCGCAUGAAGCUGCUGCCCAACGACGUGCCUGACUUCUCAGUUCUGACCCUGUACGCUGCGAUGCCGUACGAGCAGCAACUGCUUGUCUUUGAGCCAAACAUGAACGAGCAGCGCAAGGUGAUCCUCGCCACCAACAUCGCUGAGACAUCCAUCACGGUGGAGGGUAUCCGCUACGUCGUGGACAGCGGCGUGGUGAAGGCAAAGUACUACAAUAGCCAUUCCGGGAUGGAGAUGCUGACAGAGGUGGACAUUAGCCGCGCGCAGGCCACGCAGCGCACGGGGCGCGCCGGUCGCGUGGCAGCCGGCAAGUGCUACCGCCUCUACACCGCGAACGCGUUUGAGAACCUGAGCGAGAACACAAUUCCAGAAAUACGCCGAAGUAGUCUGCUCAGCGUUGUGCUUCAAAUGAAAAGCCUCCACAUCCACAAUAUCCUCGCGUUCGAGUUCAUGGACAUGCCUCGCCCGCGCGCCGUGGCGAAGGCGGAGGAGACGCUGAUGCUGUUACAAGCCCUCGACAAGGCGGGCCACAUCACGGCCCUGGGCGACCGCUUGACGGACUUUCCGAUUGAGCCGAUGCCAGCGAUGGUUCUCUUGGCCGCCAAGGCCCUCGGCGUCGCCCGUGAGGCUGUUAUCGUGAUUGCCAUGGCUAGCACUGACAACCUCUUUCUCACCUCGCGCGAGUUCAAGGAGGUUGCUGACCGCUGCCGUGCCGCCUUUGCCAAGUCCGCUGGCGAUCACGCGACGCUCCUCAGCAUCUACCAGGCGUACUGCCGCUCCCCGCGGGGCCAGCGCAAGGCAUGGUGUGAAUCCAACGCCAUGAGCCACCGGCAGAUGCUGAAGGUCGAGGACAUCAUUACGCAGCUGCAGAGCAUUUUGGAAGAGAAGAGCGACAGCGAGCUACUCGCCAAGAUUAUCCCCGCGUCUCUGCGGUACCUCCGAGUGGGCAAUGGUGGUGACUCCUCCACUCUGCCGCACAAGCGCCCCCGCGCCGAAAGCGGUGAUGACACCAACGAUCUGCUGGAGCGCUACGAAGAGCUGCGGCACGGUGGUGGUGGGGCGUCUAACGGGGCAACCGAGCGCACGAGGAAGCUGCUUGAUGCAGAACUGCUCCGUCGUGCUCUCUGCUUCGGCUACUUCCUGAACGCAGCCUUUUACAACGCAAAACUCGGCAUAUACCAGACCAUCGUGGGGCAGCUGCCGGUGCACAUCCACCCCUCCAGCGUCCUCUUUACCCAUCGCAGGAAACCUGCGCUGGUGAUCUUUAACAGCGUCGUGCGUACCACGAAGCGGUACAUGAAGGACGUGUCGGUGGUGCAGGAGGAGUGGCUGCAGGACGCCGCGCCAGACUUUCUAAGAGCAGCCUCGUAA